AUGACUCGCAGUAAAAACGUUCGUGUCUACCGCGCAUGCGAGCGCUGUCGCCAGCGGAAGCUGAAAUGUGAUCAGACAAGCUUGUCUGACAAGAAAUUAUCCGCAUGUUUGCAGUGUACCCGUGCCGGUGAUGAAUGUAUUCUUGCCGGAUCACGGCGCGGGGGCGACUUCUCUAGAUUUCGACGGUCACGACAGAAGCAAAAUUCUACGCCAUCUCUUAGCGGAGCUAGAAUGGAACGCAGCCCGACCGAUCGACAUAUUAGAGAGCCGAUGGAAGGUGAUGAAGAUCCUAUCCACGCCGAGUUGACUAAUCCGGGCGACGCACUCCAGAUCCUUGCCCGACUUGCGGCGAACGACGCCCAGGUUCCUAAUAAGCCGGCCAACUCCAUGAUCACGGAUCCCUUCACAGGGGCCUGUUCCUCGGAUAGAACAUCUACAUUGACACCAUUCGCAGGGAGUGGUCCAAUGAAUCUCAUACAACCUCCAAUAUUGCAUUCGACACUUUCCGAAACGGAGACCUUGGUGAUCGGCGUGCUAGGCACAGAUACUGCCAAUCAUCUAGUCCAGCAGUAUGAAAUCUUCCUCCCACGCGAGUAUAAUAAGUCUGACCGGUUUAGUUAUGCGUCAAGCUACCAUACUUUCUGUCCGCUCGCGCCUAGAAAAGUUCUGGCAACAAUAGAUCCGCGCAAAACAGCAGUAGAAGAGCCUUUCCUCUUGACAGUCAUUCUGACAAUCGCAUCUAAAGACGAGAUCACGUACAGAGAGGUUCACCAACAUUGCUGGAAUUACUUAAAACGACAUUUGCUAGAUGUACUCCUCGCUACACCCUCGACUCUCAGAGUAGGCUCGGUCGAGGGCCUCUUGCUCCUCGCGGAGUGGGUUCCUUAUAUGCAGCUGCAGACAGGUUCCUAUCCCAACAUGUUCUCUAUGAACUUGAGUGCCGUCGAGGAUAAUAUGGCCUGGUCACUUAUUGGGCAGGCAGUGAGACAUUCCUAUCUACUCCGUCUGGACAAGGCAUCAUUCCGGGAGACGGCGAUUGGGGAGACUCAGGAGCUAGCCAAUCGAAAGCUCCUAGCAUGGAUAUUUGUUUAUAUAUCUGAUCGUCAAAUCUCUGUCCGAAUGGGACAGUCUUUCUGGUCGCGUGGGCCAUCUCUCUCCACAAACUUCACAGCAGAAGACUUUCCAAGUUUACAGCUCAGAGCAGACGCAGAGCAUAAAUACGCACACGUAUUACAAGCCACUAUCGAGCUCACUCAAAUCCUCCACAACGUGCACGAUACAUUAUACGCAUCCAAAGAACGAAGAGCCCAGAUGGUCCGACGAGGAGACUAUAAUCGCUAUCUAGACGAUUUCCGACACUCCAUCUCCGCGUGGGAAGGACGUUGGAAUAGUCUUGAGGCAUCUCCAAAGCUGAACUGCACAAUGCACAUAUUCAAGGAAUAUGUCCGUUUGUACGCGAAUGCAUUCUCUUUUCAGUCGCUUCUUUCUGGAGCUGUGCAGCCCUGCCGGAGAGAACCAGUUCCGACCACACUAGGGAGGAAUGGUGUCACCUCGCUAUUCCCACAGGGCAUCAUGUCGACUGCAGAGGGCUCAUAUAUUCUCGAGUCAAUAGAUGCCGCUCGGAAAAUUCUGGCAAUAGCUGUCCAGACGAACUCUGAAGCACAGAUUUGCUAUAUGCCAUUCCGAUUUUACGUAUAUACCGUCUACUCCGCUGUAUUUCUAUACAAAGCAAACGUCUUUGGUGCCCUCCUGAGUACGGAGUAUGCCGAAAUCGCUUACUUAGUGCAGCAAUAUAUCCAGGCACUCGAAGAAGCUGCUAUUAGUGAUAGCCAUAUUGCUAGUCGUUUCGCAGGUCUACUAAAGCGUAUGUGGGUCUCCGGCAGUCAAUACUCUUCUCCGUCGACACAACAUUUCGAACCUCCCCAAAAUGUCGAUGUGGUCGAUGAGCGCAGCUGUCGUUAUGCGACUUGUGACUCACAGCUUCCUGAGCCCCUCUUUGUUCCCACACCAGACUUUAAUCUAUUCUGUCCGGAAUUCUCGAGUUUGGAGUCCGAAUUGGUGGAACUUGGCAUGGGCUCUUUGAGUUACCCUGUAUAA